AUAAGAGCUUCAAUUUUUAGACCAUAGGCAAGUGUUUUGGAUCAUAAAUCCAUGACUUACCUUGAUGAAUAUACUGAAAUAUUCAAGAUGGGUAGCAACAGUACCAGCAAUGCUGAGACUGACUGCAAUGUCACUGAUAUGAAAUUUCAGUACUCCCUCUAUGCAGCCACCUAUAUCCUCAUAUUCAUCCCCGGUCUUCUGGCCAACAGUGCAGCCUUGUGGGUUCUGUGCCGCUUCAUCAGCAAGAAAAAUAAAGCCAUCAUUUUCAUGAUCAACCUCUCUGUGGCUGACCUCGCUCACGUGCUGUCCUUACCCCUCCGGAUUUACUAUUACAUCAGCCACCACUGGCCUUUCCAGAGGGCCCUUUGCCUGCUGUGCUUCUACUUGAAGUAUCUCAACAUGUAUGCCAGCAUUUGCUUCCUGACAUGUAUCAGUCUUCAGAGGUGCUUCUUUCUCCUCAAGCCCUUCAGGGCCAGAGACUGGAAGCGUAGGUAUGAUGUGGGCAUCAGUGCAGCCAUCUGGGUCAUCGUGGGGACUGCCUGUUUGCCAUUUCCCAUCCUGAGAAGCACGGACUUAACCAACAACACCAAUUCCUGCUUUGCUGAUCUUGGUUAUAAGCAAAUGAAUGCAGUGGCUUUGGUCGGGAUGAUUACAGCUGCUGAGCUUGCAGGAUUUGUGAUUCCAGUGGUCAUCAUUGCAUGGUGUACCUGGAAAACCAUUAUAUCCUUGAGACAGCCACCAAUGGCUUUCCAAGAGAUCAGUGAGAGGCAGAAAGCACUGCGGAUGGUUUUCAUGUGUGCUGCAGUCUUCUUCAUCUGCUUCACUCCCUAUCAUAUUAAUUUUAUUUUUUACACCAUGGUAAAGGAAACGAUCAUAAGCAGUUGUUCCAUUGUCAGAAGCACACUAUAUUUUCACCCUUUUUCUCUGUGCCUGGCAAGUCUCUGUUGCCUUUUGGAUCCAAUUCUCUAUUACUUCAUGGCCUCAGAGUUUCGUGAUCAAUUAUCCCGCCAUGGCAGCUCUAUGACCCGUUCCCGCCUCAUGAGCAGGGAGAGUGGUUCAUCAAUGAUUAGCUAG